GUUUUGGAGGUUCUGGAUAAUGAGGAAUUGGAAUUAUGCCCGGGUAUUGGUUCACUGCGACUUUGGCAUUUUGGUGGGGUGGAUGUCCUGGGCGUUUUGGAGGCCAUGGUAGAUGUGGGAUAACUUGAAAUUGGUUUACUGAUAUAUUCUCAUUCUGGUUUGGUGGAGGAGGAAAUGGCUCGGUUGGAAAAGUCGGGUAUCUAGCAAGGGCAAGACCAAAUGCAAGAAAGAGCAAGGUCAAUUCUGAUUCGCUUGUGAUGAAAACUCUCGACAGAAAAACCCUAUGGGAAAUGCAGACACCACAGUUAUACAUACAAUAUCGAACUUCUCACCACAUGGAACAGUUCUAUUAG